AUGCUCAGCGCUGAGGAACCUACAGCGGAUGCCAUUGUAGUGGCCCUCAAUGAAGCCGUCGCGGAAGUCUUGACGCACAAGAAGGAAGCCGAAAUGGCGGUGAAGACGGUGCAGUUCCCUCACGUGGCCCGCCUGUGCUACACCCUCGAGCAGUGCUUCACGCACGGCCUCAAGCCCUUCCUCUUCGGCAAGCCCACCUACUGGAACUGGGUGCAGAUCAUCCGCAACAUCAAGCAGCUUGCGCGCACCAGCAAUGGCCGAGCUCGCCUCUUCAUCGUCAUGGGCUUGAACGAAGGCAAUCUGAGUGAGCUGGUGAAUGGCCUCGUAUGGAACGACGCCCUUUGCCGCGAGCACCUUACCGAACAGUCGCCCUUCUGGCCGCAUUCGCCGACGUGCGACCAGGCCCUCAACGCGCUCGUACAGAUCAGGCAGGUGCGCUUUCAUUUGGACCUGCGGGACAGCGGGCUCGAAAUGCCCAACUACUGGAACGCCCACAAAGUCAACAUAAACAAAGCAGAGCCCGCGCGUACGCCUCCGCCAAAGCAGCAAUCGGAGGGCUUCCUCGGCCUGCUCUACAAUCUCGCCGGUCUCUCACCCUCCACAGAGCACCACCAGCGCCGACCGAGGCCGCCCGCGGACCGGAGGGACCAGGCCACCAUGAUCAACCCGCGCCGGCAGUCGAUGUCGGGCGCACGUCGCGGCGGCGUGUUCAGGGAGGGCAGCACCUACGACCUGGAGAUGCACAACGGCAACGCGACGACAAUGAUGGGCCUGGAGGGGGGCGACGUGCCGGUCAUUCCGAUCGAGCAGCAGAUCAUGCAGAUCAUCUCCAAGAACGAGACAGACCUCAAGGAGAAGGAGGAGGAGGAGAAGCAGCGGAAGGACGGCAGCCUGGUGCGGCUCGAGGAGGAAAUCACGCGGCUGCGGAAUGAAAAGGAGGCUCUACGAACACAGGGCCAAAUGCUGUGGAACGAAUUGGAGGGCGCCCAGCAAAAGAUAAAGGACCUUCAAGACGAAGUCAACGUGUACAAGGCCUUCUUCAACGACAAGGACGGGCAGGGCGACGGGGACGGAGAGGACGACGACGUGGUGCCGGCGGCGGCCGAGUACACGCCGAUCGCGGUCGAGGAGGAGUUGGCGCGUCUCGAGGCUGCCGGAACAGCCGCGAGCGCCGCCGCGUCGGUGGUGCUGCCGCCGCCGAUGGAGGACGACCAAACCGAGGAGGAGCGCAUACGUCGGCUUGCCGCCGCCGAGCACGAAGAAGAGCUGCGGAAGCUCGCCGACGGCAAGGGAAAGGAGGAGUCGGCGAAGCAGCGGGAGGGCGAUGGGCGAAGCGCCAAGGCGGAGGAGGGCACCGAAGACGGCGAGAGCGAGCCGCGUGACGCGUUCUACCUCCUCCACGAGAAGAGCAAGCGCUUCCUCCAGGAGCUCAAGGCCAGCGACAACCACACCCUCUCCCUCCUCUCCAACUUCCACCUCUGA